ACUGAUAACAAUGGAAAGCUCUUACUCAGGAAUUUAUACGGAUAUGGAAAGAUUCUACCUUAAAAAUGAUUUAAAACCAAGGGAGCCUGAUUUAGAUGAAAUGGUGAUAAAAGUUAUUUCUUGCCCAAUCAACCCUGCUGAUAAAAGCUUCCUCAAAGAAACUCUCCCUGCAUUCUCUGUCCCUAAGGCUUUCGGGUCUAUCGGAGUUGGUUGAGAAGGAGCAGGCGAAGUCGUUGAUGUAGGCAGCAAUGUUGAUGAUAGUUUCAUUGGAAAAUAAAGUGGCUUUCUGUCAACUUCCAUGCCACAAGAACUACGAAGGCUCAUGGAGGCAGCACAUUAAUGUCAACAAAAAGUUUGUCAUCGAGUAUCCUGAUGAAGCAGAGUAUGACGAUAUUUGUACCAGCUUCAUCAACCCUCUGACAGCCAUGUACAUUUUGAAUCUUGCUGAGAAAUCGAAAUCAAGAGCCGUCAUUCAGAAUGCAGCUUGAUCAAGCAUCGGCAAAAUGGUUCUGAGGCUCUUAAAUAGUAAAGGAAUCAAGGUCAUCAACAUUGUCAGGAGAGACGAACAGGUCGAGAUUCUGGAAGACCUCGGAGCAAACUACAUCUUAAACUCAAACAGCGAUACGUUCGAAGACGAACUAGAUCAACUCAUCCACUCGCUAGAGCCGAAGUGUUUCUUCGACUGAGUCGGAGGAGACUGCCUUGAGACAUUCUCGAAGAUGCCGAAGCAGUCCUCGCUGUACAUUUACGGCAACAUGGAUACAGGUUCGAUUUUCAGUUUUAGCAACAAAGAACUGUUGAGUUCUCGGAAAACCAUUGCUGGCAUUUCUUUGUCUGACUUCUUCGAAAACAUGGGUGACGAACUUCAGCACUACUAUGACAUCGUUUCUCAUGAUAUUACUGAGGGUGAAUACAUCUUCAAAACUGAAGUGGUCUGUACUUAUCCUCUUGAAGAGUUUGAUAAAGCAAUUGAAGAAAGCCACAAAAUCUCGAGCACUGGUAAAGUCGUCCUCAAACCGUGGGAGCAGUCGUAGAUAUGC